GUAUGGGUUUUCUUGUGUCUUUCUGUAAUUAAUUCAUUUCCUUCUCUAAGGUGGAUCCUGUUUUAUUGGGUAAUUAUUUGUUAUUUUUUUAAUCCACACCUGCCCUGAUGCAUCAGAGUUGAUUUUUCAUCAGUCAUUUUAAUUAUUUCUCAGGGUUAUAAAGGCAUAAGGGGCAAUGCAUGUGUUGAAAAACAUUCUUGGAGUUAAGCUUGUAGUAUUGCAAACUCAAAAAUGGACAGGAAACAUGGAAAAUACGUAGUAAAUGUUGAACAGUCUGAAAAUCAACCGUCAAUCACAUGUCCAAAUGACCAAGAGGUUCAUAACUCUGCAUGCUGGCAUCCACAUUCAAGUGACAUAACCUGUGAUAUCUCUCCCAACUCAACUGGGGUCUGUGUGGGCCCAGGAGUCGUUGGACAUUCAGGAUACCAACACACAGAAUCAGCCCAAACUCAGGUGAAAGAAAAUUGCUGCUGUAAUUGGACUCUGUGGAACAUCUUUUUGGCUUGUUUCUUAGCCUGUGUGAUAACAACAGCAAUUGGAGUACUCAUAAUCUGCCUGGUGAAUAACAGAGGAAAUGAUAACUCUUCCAUUAUUAUCAAGCUGUCCCCAGACAAUGGAGAGCCUGUAACUGCUAUCCAUGGAAAAACCUCUGCUGGUCCUCAACCUAUAGUGACCACCAUGUCAACUGAAUCUACAACUGUAGCCACUUCAACAGACUCUACAACCAUUUCAACAUCUACUGAAUCUACAGCCACAAUAGCCACAACCCCCACUUCAACUGCACCCACAACCUCCACACAUUUAACUGAACUUUCUACUACAACAGCCAUCACUCCUACUUCCACUAAAACCACAGGUACCUCCAUUUAAAUGGAAUCUACAACAGUUGCAAUUGUAAC